AUGGACCCCUACAGGAAGGCCAGAUACGACCAGGGAGUUGACGCGAAGAUUGUCAUAAUGGGCAACACAGGCGUUGGCAAGACCAGCCUGCUGCACAGAUAUACCCAGGGCAAAUUCGAUCCGAAGAACACCACCUCCACCACCGGCGCAUUCUUCGUCACGAAGAAGGUCACCGUAGAUGGCACAAAGGUCCGGUUACAGCUGUGGGACACGGCGGGCCAGGAGAGGUUUCGUAGCAUGGCACCAAUGUAUUACCGCGGUGCAAAUGCGGCGCUGUUGUUGUAUGAUAUUACGAACGCGUCUAGCUUCGAAGAUGUUCGUGGCUGGCUCGAAGAGCUCAAGAAGAACUGCUCUCCCGACCUCAUUAUCUAUAUCGUGGGCGCGAAGGCCGACCUUGUACACCAUCGACAGGUCACGUCUGAUCUUGCCCGUCUGUCACUCCAUACCUGGUUCCCCCCACCGCGGCCGCCCACGCCUCCGGCCCCUCCACCACCGACAUCCACGUUUUCCUACAUCCGCCCCCGAUUUACCUCCUUCACGAGCAUACGCUCCGUCCCCGCCCUCACACCACCCAAGCCCUUCCCGCCGCCACUAGAACCGGACGUCGUCAACGACGUGCGGUCGUCAGGGAUGAAGCGCUCCAACACACAAGCUUAUACCCGUCCGCGCGCCAAGAGCGGCGACCUCCUUUUACCCAGAUCCAAUUCCGUGUCCCCAACUUCACGUCCGGCACCUCCACGAGCGGGUUAUCGCCCAGGGGGAUGGAACGAGAUAGGUGACGGCAGCAGCAACAGCCUCCCAGAAGACGAAGAGGCCGAAAUUGGGGAUGACGACUCCGAGUGGGGUCUACAUAAGGGAAUGGAACUGUUCGAAGUAUCCGCCAAGGACGACUUUGGCAUUCAGACCCUCUUCGACAAUCUAAUUGCCGCUAUCAUACAGAAAAAGGACAAGAUCGAGCGAGAGAACGAGAUCAAGCGGCGCGAUAGUGUUCUACUCUCGAGUACUACGAUGCCCGUCUGGGCAGCCCAGGCCGACCAAGAGGAAGCUCGCGAAAAGGCCCGCGUGGCCUCAGGAUCGUCUUGGAGCUGUUGCUAG